ACGGGAGCACCUCACACAAUUUGGACGACUUGCGACCUUCUCCUCACUAACUUUGAUGGGGACUUCGAUAUCAAGCAGGGAAAAUGCCUGUGAUGAAGGGAUUAUUAGCGCCACAGAACACCUUUCUGGACACUAUAGCCACACGGUUUGAUGGCACUCACAGCAACUUCAUCCUGGCCAACGCACAGGUGUCGAAGGGCUUUCCCAUCGUCUACUGCUCCGAUGGCUUCUGUGAGCUUACAGGCUUCUCUCGGGCCGAGGUCAUGCAGAAGAGCUGCGCCUGUAAGUUCCUGUACGGACCCGAGACCAGCGAAAGCAUCAUCCUCAGCAUUGAUGAAGCCCUGGAGGAGCGAAAGGAGUUUAAAGAUGAGAUCAUGUUCUACAAAAAGACAGCUGUGCUGUUCUGGUGCCUGCUGGACAUUGUGCCAAUUAAGAACGAGAAGGGAGACGUGGUGCUCUUUCUGGCUUCAUUUAAGGACAUCACCGACACUAAAGCCAAAGCCAUCCAAGAGGACAAGAAGGAAGAGCGACGCCGCGGCAGGGUGAAAACAGGCUCUGCAUUCAGCUCAGCUCGUCUUCGGAGCAGCACGGUGCUCUACCACAUCUCUGGUCACCUCCACAGCAGAGAGAAGAGCAAGAUUAAACUCAACAAGAAUGUGUUUGGGGAUCUGCCUGCGUUGCCAGAGUACAAGGUAGCAGACGCCAAGAAGUCCAAAUUCAUCUUACUUCACUACAGCACGUUCAAAGCUGGUUGGGAUUGGCUGAUUCUACUUGCCACUUUCUACGUAGCUGUGACGGUGCCCUACAAUGUGUGCUUCAUCGGGGAUGAUGACGACUUGACCCGCAGCACAACUGUCAGUGAUAUCGCAGUGGAAAUACUGUUCAUCAUAGACAUUGUUUGUAAUUUCCGCACAACUUAUGUCAGCAAAUCGGGCCAAGUGAUCUUUGACGCUCGGCAGAUCUGCAUCCAUUACCUGACCACAUGGUUCAUCAUCGACCUGGUGGCCGCAUUGCCCUUUGACCUGCUCUAUGCCUUCAAAGUCAGCGUGGUGUCCGUGGUCCACCUGUUGAAAACGGUCCGUCUGCUCCGUUUGCUGCGGCUGCUCCAGAAGAUGGACCGCUACUCGCAGCAUAGCACCGUGGUCCUGACGCUGCUCAUGUCCAUGUUCGCCCUGCUGGCCCACUGGAUGGCCUGCAUCUGGUACAUCAUCGGCAAGAUGGAGAUGGAGGCCAACGCCUACAACUGGGAUAUCGGAUGGCUCCACGAGCUGGGGAAGCGUUUGGAGUCGCCCUACUACGCCAUAGGAGUUGUGAACGGGACCGGCAGCGGCCCCGCCAUCCGCAGCGUCUACAUCGCCUCACUCUACUUCACCCUCAGCAGUCUGACCAGCGUGGGCUUCGGCAACGUGUCGGCCAACACCGACGUCGAGAAGAUCUUCUCUAUCUGCGUCAUGCUUAUAGGAGCACUGAUGCAUGCGUUGGUCUUUGGAAAUGUGACGGCCAUUAUCCAGAGGAUGUACUCACGCUGGUCCCAGUACCACACCAGAACCAAAGACCUCAAGGACUUCAUACGUGUCCACCACCUGCCGCAGAGCCUCAAGCAGCGAAUGUUGGAGUAUUUUCAGACGAUCUGGUCGGUCAACAACGGCAUCGACUGUAACGAGCUGCUGAAGGACUUCCCAGAUGAGCUGCGGUCUGACAUCACCAUGCACCUUAACAAGGAGAUCCUUGAGCUGUCGCUGUUUGCCUCUGCCAGUCGUGGCUGCCUGCGCUCCCUCUCCCUGCACAUCAAGACCUCCUUCUGCGCUCCUGGAGAGUACCUCCUCCGACAGGGCGACGCUCUCCAGGCCAUCUUCUUCGUCUGCUCCGGGUCCAUGGAGGUGCUGAAAGACGGCAUGGUGCUGGCCAUCCUGGGUAAAGGCGACCUGAUCGGGGCGACUCUGUCCUUAGAUGACCGAGUGAUAAAAACCAAUGCAGACGUGAAAGCUCUGACCUACUGUGACCUGCAAUGUGUUAACCUGAGGGGGCUGUACGAGGUGUUGGACCUCUACUCCGAAUACUCGCACCGCUUCAUCCAGGACAUCCAGCAGGACCUCACAUACAACCUGAGGGAGGGACAUGAGACACAUGUUAAGGCCAGGCUGUCCACAACCACUCUAGAUACUCAGUCUGGUUUGAGAAGGAACGGACGAGUGGUUCACGGCUAUCCGUCCAUCAUAGAGACGCAGGACGAAGAUGAGGAAGAUGAGGAGGAGGAAGAAGAGGAGGAAGAUGAGGCUGUGUCUGUGUCAUUCGAGCGGAACCGAUCGGUGAACCUCGGGGACACGGGUGGGAAGUCUCCGCUGAGCCGGCCCAGCCAGAAGACAACGGGACGGAGCUCCAGGAGGUCUCGGAGGAAGAUCCAGGAAAUUACUCUCACCACUUUAGACCCGUCCAACCUCAGCCCCAGGAUAGUGGACGGUACUGAGGACAGUGAGGGGACGGAGGCUUUCCCCUUCCCUACCAGCCGAGGUUGUCCUGUCAAUGAACCAACCAGUGCCUCAGCGUCUGCCACAGAUUUGUUGCAGAUCAGCACGGCAGAGCUCGCAGCUAAAGCAGAGGAGACCAGAGGACAACUGCAACACCUCGACCAGCAGGUGAGCAACCUCGGGAGGGAAGUGGCCGACCUCGGAAUAGUCAUGAAGAGAAUGGCUCAUCUCAUGGAGACCCUCAUGACGUCAACACCACAGCCUACAGUAGUCUGCCCGACGCACUACUCCCCAGCACACCUCACAUACCUGUCCCAUCCGACACCGCCUAUGUCUUACCCUUCACCGUGCUCCUCUCAUACCGCCUCCGUCUGGACGGACACGCCCAUGUCAUUGCCCUCUUCACCUCUCAGUAUCCCUCAGCAGCACGGCGUGAUGAUAUGCCACACAGACUCCCUCUCACAUAGACCCCAGGACCUCCAGCUGGGGUACUCUGCUGUCCCCAGCUCAACUCCAACUCCAACUCGCAACUCACCUGCCCUUCAACUACACCCCGUCGUUGUAGAGCCUCACCUGCCUUCCUCAGCCCUCAGCUCACCAGAAAUUUCCCACUACAACGACAGGGUUUCUGUUACCAUCAGGUCAAGGGUGCACAGUCCACCUCCACAAGACGGUGGAGAUGAGAGCCCAGGAUGUUCUCCACAAACUGGACUUGGGGGCACCACCUACCACAACCCCCACUAAGGGUUUGUAGCAGCCCUCCAUCAUCUGGACUUUCCUGGACUCUGUGGGACUUAAUCCAGGAUAUCUUUGGGGAUAUGUUCCUGAACUGAAGAUCAAACUGAUCAAACUGGGGUCCCCAAUAUCAUUGGAGGACGUUUGCAGGGAUGCAACUCAGAUUCCUUUUGUUUUAAAGGCACGUCUUUAAAAAAAUCUUGUUGCAUGAAAACAAGUACAGAAAGGUUUAGGUGGGUUAGCUUUUACCUUAUAGAAACGUAGUGUUGUUAGACAGGGAUGUAGAGGUUUGGAUCAGCUGCGUGAUGGCAGCUCUCUGGGCACUCCCAACCCCCCCACCACCACCUUGAGGUGGGAUCGUGCCAUAAUGGAGGACAAGAGGGAAUACGGAGGAGGAGAGAGGUCUUUCUGUCCUCCCUUUUUUUGCUCCUGGCUAUAUGGUUUCAGGUCGACUGGGCUGGUCGGAGGAGGAGAAAGCAUCGUGAGUGGUGGAGAUGGUCUUUGGAGACAAGGAGGGGAGGGGUGCACGGGCGCUGUUAACGUCCUUCCCCCAACCUCCUAUCUCUACUCUAACCCUUCUUUCCUUGCGCACUCAACCCACGCACAACACUCUGGGUACCAGUGCGUGACUGGUUGGGGCUGGUUGGACUGGGAGCACAGAAUGGUGUGAGUAGGGAGAUGAGACGUAUUGUGCUCUUUAACGCUGGCCCUCAGGCGAGGGGGGGAUGGAGGGUGGAGGAAGUUGGUUAUGGAGGUGGGGGGGGUAUGUUACGCCUCGGGCAGCACAGCCCCUGCUGCCGUCUGUCACACUGAGCACAGGGACUCUUUCUCCCUCUCUGCUUCCCUAUUUCCAGUGUUUCUCUCCACACACCUACUCUCUCUCUCUCUCUCUCCCUCCUUCUUUAUCUUUCUCUUGCUCUCUGCAUGCCUUUUCCGAGCCUUUUGAGUAGUGCCUGUAGACACACAUUAACAUGCUGCAUGUCACCCUGUGGAAAUCCAGCUUGCCAUUUAUCUAUCUAUUUAAAGGAAACACGGUUCUAUCGUUUAAUAGCUGAACCUGGCAUUUACCGAUGCAUAUUUAUUGGACGUCGGCUCAGUUUAAACAACUGGGUAAUUUAGGCACAAGGUAGUCGCCCCUGUUGUGAAGUGGCCUGGAGCAAAUUGCCAAUACCGAAUUGGUUCAUGAUCCACGAUGGAGGCCGUUUCCCUGAUCGUCACCCAGGGUUACCAUCUCUGAGAUCCAUUUUCUCAGCUGUUCAGAGCAAAGGCAAUACUCCCAUAUAAAAGCACAAUAAGGACAUAAAGACGCUUUUAUAUUUCUAUGAAUGUAUCAAUACUAAAGAUGUAUUUUUUUACCUCAAGGAAUGCAAGCGUGUGGGGUGGCAGUUAAUGAUGCUACUGUAUAUGAAGUUAUAGCAGUGCUGUUCGCUGGUACCAGCUAAUGCAAUCUUAAACCAGGAAAAAGGUCCGAACUCUCUCGAUCUACUGUUCUCUUUUGAAUUCAUGUAGGUUUGCCUCUGCUUCUCUGCAAAUGGAAUGUACUGUAAUAAAAAACAUCUUUUUUCCCUUAACAUUUUGAUAUUAUUAGAUACG